GCUGUUUCAAUAGACCAAAAAGCUACAAGGCGGAAGUCAAGUACAUCCAUGCUUUCCAGUAUGCUUCCUGUACGCGUCUUGCGUUCCCACGCAACAAACAGCAACUCGUUCCAGCACAUUUCGGUGCGUACAAUCAUCAUGGGAUAUCGUAAGCCAUUUGCACCAAAGCCAAAGCCAAAGGAAUCACACGACCAGCGUGCUUUGAGAUCAAAAAGAAUUGUGCAGCUAGUGCGUGAUGCUUUGGAGAACGACGAACCGAAUUUUGUGCCGGGUUCGAAACCAAUCUAUCUUCCAUUUGCAACUAUAAAGCUGUUAAGACCAAACGCAAAGCACACCCCAUAUCAAGCGAAGUUCAUUGUGCCGAAAUCUUUCAACAAGCUAGACUUGAGAGAUUACCUAUACCACAUAUACGGUCUCAGAGUUUUGAAUAUCACGUCUGCCUUGAUGCCAGGUAAGUUCAUCAGAAGUAUGCCUGCUCCGUACGGUAGUAGAUACAGAGAGGCACAAAUAAAGAAGAUGACUGUGGACUUAAUUGAUCCUUUUGUGUGGCCAGCAGAGUCUGAAGAAUACAUACAAGAGAAGGAACUCACAUCAGAAUUGAACAGAUACAGGGAAGAAAAAGCCAACGCAAUCAAUUCCGAUGCUGAAAAGCCAAGUAAAGCUUUUGGUGGUAUUAUAGACAAGCAACCAAGACCAAUGAACUUUGUUCCUAAGGUGGUUAAGAGACAAAUGAAAAACACAAAAGAUCAAGACAUAAUUGCAAAGAAGAAGCUUGAAGCCGAAAAGUUCAUUUCUUCUUACAUACAAUUAUGAUUUAUUCAUUCAAGCAUAUAAGAUGAUACAUAUAUAUAUGACUUUGUAACCUCUUCUGUACAUAUAUUAUUAUAGAACAUUGAUAAUAAUGCAACGACGAUAAC